AUGGUACUCAGAUCGCCGGCUCUGACCACAGCCCUGGUGUUGGCCUUAGGGAUGCUGUCCAUCUCUGCCCCUAUCAUCGAGUCCCGCGCGCCCUCAACUUGGGUCCAUCCAGGCAUCCUGGUGAACACGACUCAGCUAGAUUUCAUGAAAUCCCAGGUUGCGAAGGGCACCUCACCAUGGUCUAACGCCUACGAGGUAAUGGCGGCUAACUCGCUUUCCGAUCUCGACAGAACAGCUUCCCCAGUAGUCAUGGUUGAAUGCGGGUCGUAUUCCAACCCAGACGUUGGAUGUACCGCGGAGCGCGACGACUCCAUCGCCGCUUAUAGCAUGGCCCUCGCUUGGUACAUCACGGGCGAGAGUGAAUAUGCGACCAAAGCCAUCUAUUACAUGGACGCGUGGUCUUCCGUUAUCACCGGCCACAACAAUUCCAAUGCCCCGCUGCAGUCUGGGUGGGUUGGUUCUGUCUGGGCCCGGACGGCUGAGAUCAUCCGGUACUCUAGCGCUGGCUGGAGUGAUGAUAGCAUCAGCCAGUUUGAGACCAUGUUGACGGAUGUUUAUCUGCCCGAAGUAAUUGGCGGCGAUGGUGAUACGAAUGGAAACUGGGAGCUAGUCAUGAUGGAAGCCGCUAUCUUCAUCGCUAUCUUUGUUGAGGACGCUGAGGCAUACAACACUGCCAUGGGAAUUUUCCUGAAUCGUGUGCCUGCAUACAUAUACCUUACCUCAGACGGUGACAUACCUAUUGCACCUGCUGAUAGCUCUUAUACUACGACAGCCGAAAUUGAGGCCUACUGGUACGGUCAGACAACGUUUGUCAAUGGCCUAUCCCAGGAGACAUGCCGUGACCUGGAGCAUACAGGUUAUGGUAUCGCAUCUAUUUCACACGUGGCCGAGACAUCGCGCAUCCAAGGUACAGACAUGUUCGUUCAAGAUACGGGUGAGAGAUUGCGGUAUGCGCUUGAGUUCCAUUCGUACUAUGCGCUUGGAGGAAGUGUUCCAAGCUGGCUCUGCGAUGGGUCACUUACCGGUGUGCUUGACAAUGUGACCGAGAUUGGACACAGCGAAUUUGUCACUCGGCUAGGCCACACUAUGGGCAACACAACGACAUACACUAAGGACCAGCGCCCUGGAGGCGAGAGUCUAUUCAUAUUGUGGGAGGCCCUCACAAAUGCACUCUUGUAA